UUAGCAUUUUAAUAAGAUUUAUUAGCAAGGGUUUUUAAAUAUCAUGAAUACAACGAACUGUCAGAAAUACUUACUCAAUUUCUCUUUACUGAUAUUUCUAACAGUUGAUUACGAAACAUAAAACAGAGUAACUAUAAGGGAAUAAGUGUUAAAGAUUAUAUUGCUAAUUUCUGAAUAUCAGUUCACUUGAUAUAUAAAAUCUUUAUACAUUCAUGAUAAAGUGAACAUUUACUUCAAACUUUCACAAUCUGGUACAAAAUGCUAGUUGCAUGAUUAAUGAUUUUAGAAGGGAUUUUAAGAGUUUCUCUUUAAAUAUUUAAUGUAAAUAAAAUUCUGUUUUCAUGAAUUUGUGUAGUUGUGGACCUCUAAACUAUUUCAAGGAAUCCUAACAUCCUAACAAAGUUUUCUGAUCAUUAACCGUUGUUGGUAUUUGUGUUAGUGUGUAGCCAUCCUUAUGAUCAGGCAGGAUUAUUUAUUAUGAUAGGUAUUAAACAGUUAUAUCUUUAAUAAGUUUUCAUUUAAUUUAAAGGAAAUUGAAAGAUCAAUAACAUUCUGAAAAACAAAAUAUAUCUUGAUGCAUGAAAUUAAGUACCAAGUGGUAUUUUAUCAAUUACCAGGGAGUACAUCACCCAGCAUUUUUCGAGACAAACUUAAGGAUAGUAUUAAGCUAAAAGAUGAAAAUGAAAUCGCAUCAGCUAUUAACAGAUGUAUUGCUGCCGGCUAUCCUGAACUUCAAAGUGAUGUUGAUAACGCGCGAAAGUCUUUGAACAUCUUACAAGGCGGGGAUGGACAUAUUACUUCAGCAGAAAAAAUCAAAGAUCAACUAAGGACAGCUAUCAACCAGAAAAACAAAUCACAAUUAGACAAUGCAAUUUGUGAAGCUGAAGAAGCUGGUUAUCCAGAAAUCUCCGGUAUUCUUUGCAAAGCGAGGGAUACUAUGGAAAGUUUGGGUUAUGGUCGUGGAGGAGUAAAGACCCCCGAUUCCCUGCGCAUUAAACUUGACCAAGCAAAAAGACAAAACGAUAAAUCGACAUUAGAAAGUGCGAUUGAAGAAAGCAUUGGAUCCGGACAUCCUGAAUUGAUGUCUGAUAUCCAGUUAGCUCGCUAUGCUCUUGAUUUUAUGGAAGAGGACUGCGCAUCAGGUAUAAAACCCUUUAAAUCCCUGCGCGCGAGACUUGAGCCUGCUCAAAGAGAAAAUAAUCCAGAAGUUACUGAGAGAACAAUCAAGGAAUGUAUAAGUGCUGAACAUCCGAAGUUGUUACCUGAGAUUCAACAGGCUAGAGAUUAUCUUGCUGCUCCAAAAGGUAACUGUAGAGAACAUUCAAGUUUAGAUUUCUUUGCUGUUGGUAAGGAUUUGAAGACCUUACAUCAUCCAACGCAGCCAGGAUCAGUAAAGAAACCCAGUCUACUGAAAUUUGUACGACAAGGUGACACCUCAGAAUAUCCAGAAAUAGCUCAUGGCAUGCUUCCCACUGGAACUCCUUUACAGCAGUUAAGCAGACCCUGUGGAGGUUAGCAAUUUGAUAACAAUUUCGGGGUUUAUUUUAGCUCCAAAAACGUUUGUGGAACUACUAGACAUACAAAGAUGAUAGAAGUAAUCCUAUAUAAUAUAAACUUUGCAGUUUAUAAAAUUAAAUCAUACAAUAAGUACUAGAAAAUUCUUCAACUGAACCCUACUAAAUAGCUCAUAAAAUUUUUUUGAGUUAAAUCGAAAAAAUAUAGAUUUUUUUUUCUAUUUUUAUGAUUAAAUAUCAUGAUUUUAUGCUA